CUGGCGCCAUUGCCUCCCGACAUGCGACGUGUUGUGGCUGUGCAGUCAGUCGAAACUCCAAACACCCAUUUCUUUGUCGGACCUUAUUUGAUGCGGGGUGGGAAUAGAGAGCUCACGACUAUCCUUCCUUUCUCCAACGAACUGCACCAUGGUCCAUGGAAUCCCCAUCGGCUCAUGGGACACUCAUGGGCCCGUCGGCCUGCAGCACCCUACAGUUGGAUAUGCCCCAAGACCGUUCCACAGCAAUGAAGACAACCUUCUUCGAGACAGCUUGAUGGCGCAAGCACUCCAGUAUCUCAACCAAACAAACAUCUUGCAAUAUCGCCAACUUCAUCUCUCCGCCGCUAAUGGGCAUCAACAGACAAGGUUCCUGAUAUACGCCCUUGAUUCCGCUCGAAAUCAUCGCGCCCCGCAACGACGUUUCGGCGAACAAAGGGCCCAAAAGAACCAUGACAAGGAAUCCAAGCAGGCACUUUCGAUGGUCCUCCUGAACAUGAAUGUGGACCCACUGAUAUUCAGCGACGAGCUCGAACUGCCCCUCCCGGGAUACACGCCCAUGACCAUUUUCCAGGACGACAAAGCCAAGCACCUUCUUAACAUUUAUCUUGAUAUGCCGUCACCCCGAGCAGCAGACGACCCGUUCGUGCGGACUGAUGCUCGACCGCCUUCCAGAGCAGUACAGCAGAUCCUCAGGCAGACAUUGGAACGCGACUCGCCCAAAGGGAUGCGAACAAGACUUUACGACUAUCAAAAGAACUCUCUCUGGAAACUGCUGCGACGAGAACUCUACCCAGAUUACAUCCUCGACCCCACUCUCGUGCCCAUGCAAGAUAUGGAAGGCAGGGCUUACUAUAUCAACAUGGCCAAUGACAGCCUUGUUAUCUGCCGUAAUCCAGAGUCGAAAUGGGAUGACAUCCCUGGAGGGAUUAUUUGUGAGGACAUGGGCACAGGCAAGUCGUGUAUUUGUAUUGCAUUGAUCAUGCAGACUCUCCACCAGUCCAGCAAGCCUCCAACCAUCGGGACACAGUUGUAUUGCGAGCUUUAUUCGGACACGGGGCCCUCAGCAACUGUAGCUCAGGACGGGCUUAAUUCAGUUGCUACAGCGAAUCUGGCACUGGUUCCCGGAGCCCAGAUACCAGAUUUACGGGAUCUUGCGGCAGCAGCGGUCAAACUAAACCAAAUUGAUUAUAAACGGAUCCAAGACUAUAUCAACCCCGGGAGCAUGGAACUGCUUGAGGACCUAUCAGUGUAUUAUUAUGCCGAGGACAGGAACGCAAGAAGCAAUCUGACGAGAGCAAAGCAGCUCAAGACAAAGGAUCGCUCCCCAGAGAUUUAUCUAUCAACAACAACGCUUGUCAUUGUGCCGCCUAAUUUGAUGGAUCAAUGGUGUAAUGAGCACACCGAGAAUUUCGCACUGAAGUUGUUGCGGAUUGAGCCGGGCAAGGGCAGGGAGAUUCCAGAUCAUCGGACCCUGUUGAAACACGAUAUGGUCCUUAUCUCCCUGACUCGAUUCGCACAGGAGUAUGAACCUGGCUCCUACUCUGUUAAGCAUACGAAAGAGAAACCGCCUUGCCUGUGCGACUCCCAGUAUAUUUCAUGCCAUUGUCGAGCCCCACGAUCCAUUUCCCCGCUAAUGCAGAUUAGAUGGAAGCGUGUGAUCGUGGACGAGGGCCAUAGCAUGGGACUGAAGCUCUCGGACCAUACGCUGUUCGCGGAUCAUCUCCAUGCAGAUCGCCGAUGGAUAUGUACCGGAACACCGACAUUUAACCUAGCCAACCUGAAGCCGUCUUCCUUUGCCAAUGUACAGCUAACACUAUCGGACAAGGGCGAUCUGGAACGACUCGCGACGCUGAUAAGGUCGUUCCUUCACCUGCAGCCGUACUAUGGGGACAAGAAUCUCUUCUCCAGAGUCCUGAUACGAUCUCUAGAAGAUCACUAUCGCAUCAGCACAGGAGAAAUCCCAGACGAUUGGUCACUGGCGAGCCUGAGUAGUGCUUCACGUCUACGAUAUUUGAUGGACAGGAUCAUGGUACGCAACAAGCCUGCGGAUGUGGAGCGAGAUGUCAGGCUACCCCCGCUUCACGAGAGGAUCGUCCGAUUAGAGCUGGAUUACUAUCAGGCCCUAGCACUCAAUUGUCAAGUGGCGCUCAUCCAAGCCAACGCUGUCCUAACCGAGCGUGAGGACCAGGAUUACUUUUUCCAUCCAAGUAAUCGCAAACAUCUGGCCCGUGUGAUCGAGAACCUGAAGGAUGGGUGCUUCUGGUACCUUGGCGGAAGUAAAUACCAGGAGCAGCUCUCGAGUUCUUUGGAGAAUGUUCAGCGGGGGAUCGAGAGACAUGAGGCAACCGUUGGAGGCAAGUACCCCGAAGACGACUUUCAGCUGCUGAAGGAUGUUCGCCAGCAUAUCAACGAUGCUCUAUCGGACAAGGGAUGGAAUGCCUUACAACGGACGCAGGAAGUUGGUUACUACUGCUCAAACCUACCGACUAUUAUUCAAAGGGGAUAUGCAACUGUUUUCGAAGGCGAGGAAUCGAUGGACUGGGAAGGAAGUGCCGAUGCAAAAUCUGCAGGAGCUGGAAGUAGCUAUCAGGAGGCGCGGGGACCAGAGGUUCAAGAACCAGCCCAGAUCUGUGUAGUGAUGUCUAAGCAAAUCAACACUCUGAGGUCCAGUAUGUCGGAGAUCGAACAAUCUCAGGAAACGAGUCGCGAUGCUUCCGGAGACGAUGUAGCAGCGCCGACAGAGGUCACACAGCUACAGCGCGCCAUGACGAGAGAGAGACUCUCUCAAGCAAGGAUCCUAUCCAGUACAUCCAGUAAACUGAAUUACAUUGCCGACCAGAUCUUGCGCCACCGCAACUCUGAAAAAUGCAUCGUCUUUUGUCAGAGUCUUACGGCCAUGUACUAUAUCAGCGAGUACCUCACCCUGGCCAAAGUGCGCUUUCUAAUGUAUCAUACCCAUGGCAUGACUGAAAAGGAGCGCUCCAGCAACAUCAUGACGUUCAACACGAGCGAAAACGUCUCUGCAAUCAUCAUGGACACGAAGCAUGCCGCCUUUGGUAUCGACCUCUCAAGUGCCUCACGCGUCUAUUUCCUCUCGCCUGUCUGGCAGACGGCUACUAUGCGCCAAGCCAUCAAGCGCGCACACAGAAUUGGGCAGAUGCGGCCUGUGUAUGUGGAAACCCUGGUGAUUAGAGACUCUUUUGAGGAGGCGAUCCUAACCCGGAGGAAUGAAAUCGACAAGGAGGAAUCGUCAGGAACCGCUGAGGUGAACCCCACUGAGACAGUCGAAGAAAGCAAGAACAAAAAGAAGAAGAGUAGCAGGAGCAACCUUACAGGCAAGAAAGGCAUGGAGGAUGAUGGGAAAAUGCGGGAGUUCAUUAGUCAUAUCGGCUUUAUGAGCGUGCCGAGCCGUAUAUACAGGAGCCACGCUGCAGCAACCAGUGAAGGACCCAGGUCGAUCCAGCUUUCCUCAGCAAACUUUGGAUACAAUGAAACCAUGGAUUCUUCAUCAGGAGCUCAUGUUUAUCCAACUGUGGAUGACUAUCUUGCCUUCCAGGACGACGAUCGUGAUAAUACAGUGACAGACUACCAUCAAAUCCCGCUUGUAUUCCCAUCCAAGAGAGCUGUGUCCGAUACUGAUGGAGAGUCUCAGGCUGCGGGAGACCAUCAGGAUACGACCGCGCAUGGCCAUACAGGAGCGGAUAUCGAUUGUCAGGAUGCAACAAUGCGUGAUCACUACCAGCCGUUUGCUGAUCCAUUGGAGCAGAGCAGCCCGAGGCCAGUACAAGAUCUUCAAAAAACUGAAGAAGGUGUCAAGGAUAACAUUCAUCGAUCACUGCUCAUUUCUUCAUCAUCGGCGGCUCUACCUGAGCGACUGGACAUGCUGAAGAUCGAGGUCAAAUCCGAGGGGGAGGACGCGCUUAGAAUGGUCAAGUUUGAGGAUGACACAAAGUACAAUGUGGACGUGUCGAUCAAACCUGAGCCCGACCAUUACGUGCUGUUCGACUACGAUGACGACGACGACGACGACAAAAAGAACCUGGAUGUGAAGAACGAGCUCAUGGAUUUUGAGGAGGACCGCAAGUAUCCAGGGCUUCUCGCACGUAUAAAGGAGGAUCCUGAGCGCCAGAGCCACGAUAUCAAGGUUGCCGGUCUAUUGAAGAGGGAGCCUAGCGAUCAAGACGAAGAUAGGAAAGACGAUCUGGUCAUCACACCAAAGGCAGAAGGAAACAGGACGACGCCCAAUGCGCUGAAAAUCGAACAGGAUGCCGAGCUGAAGCGAUCGCCUAGUUCUGGCGCGCACGACAAUACAGAGUUCCUGGCCAAGUCGAGAUCAAAGAGAUUACGUUUUGAAUAAAAAUUUUUACUCUUAU